AUCCGCUCUCUCUCCUUGCAUGCCCUGGAUCUCUGCACAAGCCUUUCUGCCCCAUCUAUGUGUGUCCACAUAUUCUCCCUCUUCCUCUCCGGUCAGGUCCUCUUGUCCUUUCACUUUUCCGGGGCAUAUUCCCUUCUGCCUCCUGCAUUCUCUUUCCUUACGUGUUCUCCUGCUUUAUAUUUCACUGCACUGGUUUUCUCGCUCUCCCCCUCUCUCUCUUUGUCUGUGCACAUUGCUUCUGCAGGCUUUCUCUCUCUUUCUCCAAUACGUGCCCCUUCUGCUCCACGUUUGAAUGCGUGUUGUCCUGCAGUCGGGCUCUGAGCCGCUCUGGGGCAUUGGGCUGGAGGAAGCGCUGAUCCCACAAUACACUGGAGUCUCCGAUGUGACAGCAAUUGAAACAUGGCUGAAGUCGGUAGCAGCAGCCUGGCCGAGCAACUCAAAUCGUGCAUCGUCUGGUCCUGGACCUACCUGUGGACAUUGUGGUUUUUUCUGAUGCUUUUCCUUGUUUACAUCUUGCGGGUUCCCCUGAAGAUCAGCGACAAUCUGAGCACAGGAACUUGGUCAGCACUUACAGUCCUUUCUGUUCUUUUUACUUGUCUGAUCUUGAGUAUGUUUUUGAAUACAUUAACCCCCAAAUUCUACGUUGCUCUGACAGGCACAUCAUCCUUGAUCUCAGGGCUUAUUCUGAUAUUUGAAUGGUGGUAUUUUCGAAAGUAUGGCACGUCAUUUAUUGAGCAAGUGUCAGUCAGCCACCUCCGGCCAUUGCUUGGUGGAGUGGACAACACCACGCCCAGCAACUCCACCUCAAAUAAUGGAGAUACUGAUUCGAACAGACAGAGCGUAUCAGAAUGCAAGGUGUGGCGAAAUCCACUAAAUUUAUUUAGAGGAGCUGAAUAUAAUCGGUAUACGUGGGUAACAGGAAGAGAACCACUGACUUACUAUGACAUGAAUCUUUCUGCACAAGAUCACCAGACCUUCUUCACAUGUGAGACUGAUCACUUACGGCCUGCCGAUGCUAUAAUGCAAAAAGCUUGGAGAGAGAGGAACCCACAAGCAAGAAUCUCUGCAGCACAUGAAGCCUUAGAAUUAAAUGAGAUAUUUUACCAUUGGCGUCCACUGCUACAGCCGCUGCAAGCAAAAAGAAGGACCCAAAAUGGAAUAAAGUUCACAAUAUGUGCGACUGCAUACAUUCUUUUGGCUGAAGAAGAAGCUACUACCAUUGUGGAAGCAGAAAGACUCUUUAAGCAAGCACUAAAGGCAGGAGAGGUCUGUUACAGACGCAGUCAACAACUGCAGCAUCACGGAGCGCAGUAUGAAGCACAACACAGGCGAGACACAAACGUGUUAGUUUAUAUUAAAAGAAGAUUGGCGAUGUGUUCGAGAAAACUGGGAAGGACAAGAGAAGCUGUAAAAAUGAUGCGAGAUCUGAUGAAGGAAUUCCCUCUCCUCAGCAUGUUUAAUAUUCAUGAAAAUUUACUGGAGGCACUUUUAGAGUUACAAGCCUACGCUGACGUGCAAGCAGUAUUAGCUAAAUAUGAUGAUAUUAGCCUUCCAAAGUCAGCAACAAUAUGUUAUACAGCUGCACUACUUAAAGCAAGAGCAGUCUCUGACAAAUUCUCACCAGAGGCUGCCUCCAGGCGAGGGCUCAGCACUGCAGAGAUGAAUGCAGUAGAAGCAAUACACAGAGCAGUAGAGUUUAACCCACACGUUCCCAAAUAUUUAUUAGAAAUGAAAAGUUUAAUACUGCCACCAGAACACAUUCUGAAGAGAGGGGACAGUGAAGCAAUAGCAUAUGCAUUCUUCCAUCUUCAACAUUGGAAGCGGGUAGAAGGAGCCCUCAACUUAUUACAUUGUACUUGGGAGGGAACAUUCCGAAUGAUCCCCUAUCCCUUGGAAAAAGGUCACCUUUUUUAUCCAUAUCCAAUCUGCACAGAAACUGCUGACAGAGAACUGCUACCAUCGUUUCAUGAAGUUUCAGUGUACCCCAAGAAGGAGCUGCCAUUCUUCAUCCUGUUCACAGCAGGCCUCUGCUCCUUCACUGCUAUGCUGGCUCUCCUCACACAUCAGUUUCCAGAGCUCAUGGGAGUCUUUGCAAAAGCUGGGUAGAUCCUGCUGCAAAAUCUAGAAGCACAGGCGAUUUCAGAUCCAUUCAGUUUCUCAGUACUCUGUUUGCUCCAUUGAAUUUUGUGAUGGAGAAGGUUGAAAGCAUCUUGCCUUCUAGCCUAUGGCAUCAAUUGACACGAAUCUAAGAAGAAAGGACUUGUGAUAGACUGGUUGCCAUGACACCUGUGCCAAGCUCAUAUCUUGCAGAAUGCAAGGCAGCAUGAUAAAGUGGAUGAAAAUCUGAAUUAAAGACUCUAUAUGUUAUGUUUUGUUCUCAUGUGGACAUGUUUUAUGUUGUACCAAACAAAGUUGUCGUUGUUCUAUUUUAUUAUUUUGCCAUUAGCAAAAUUCUACAAAAAUAAAAAAAACACAAAAAUAAAGUUUAACUUUUGUGUAA